CGAAGAAUCAUUGGCAAGUGAAACAUCUUUUUGAGUUUGCUUUAAGAAUUAUAAAUACUGUUGGAGCUUCUUGUAAGAGAUCAGAUACUAUGAAAGCAAUUCAGCAUGAAAAAAUUCUUUCACAUCUAAAAGCUGGCAAUCUAAUAAGCGGCAGAUGUUUAAAUCAAUAGACUAAUUUACAAAGGUCCAGUGAUACACG